AUGUCGUUAUUGAAGCCGAAGCUGGUCGUCGCCGACAGUGAUGCGAAUGCAGUCCGAUCUUGGCUUCUCAGCAGGUCAGAGAAAACAACGAAACUCAAGUUCUCAGAGUGUCUGUCAUCUCCGAUUGUAAAGUUUGUGGUUGGCCCAGCAGACAAUCGUAUUGCGUACCUCAUCCAUGUGGCUUUAGCUGAAGCCGACUCGGAAUACGUAAGACACGCUCUUCGAGUUCCCAUGCAAGAAGCUGCAGAAGCAGAAAUCCGACUCGAAAGCUUAGACCCUUAUCUUUUCGGCUUCUACGUCGAAUACCUCUACCGUGACGGCUGGCUCUUUAACGAUGCUGUCCUUCAUGAAACCGUGUAUGUGACACUGGUUAAAUUGUAUGCUUUGGGUGACUAUCUCCAAGCUAGCGAGUUUCAGAGGGCUGCAUACGCCAAGUUUGCCUACGGAUUCUCCAGUGUGACGCUAGCGGAUCACACAUUGUGCGCCUUGCUGGAGAUGGUUUUUCAUGAUUUGCCAGAACGAUCGGCAGUCAGUGAAGACAAUUUGCGCAAGCAUAUCUUACAUCGUGCGGCGACACAACUGAGCAAGCUUCGUCACUACGACCGCUUCUCGAUGCUCUUGGAACACCUUCCAGAGCUGUCCCGAGAGCUUUUGAUGACCCAUCCGGACGCAAAUUCCACCAAGGGUCAUGAGCAGCCGUCAAAGCGUCUUGAGAAACUCAAAAAAUUCUCUGCAGAAAGCACGUUUGGUGCUCACCAAACUGAGGAUGGCUCUGCGCCUACAUGA